AUGGAAAACGCGAAAGCCGAAGAAGCCGCCGCUCAGAUGCCACCCACUUAUGAAGCUGCCACCGGUGUCUAUCCCACACUUGCCGAUGAAAAGCCGGUGCUCACCGAGAAGACCAACGAAAACGUGGUGAAAAGCGAGGAGAAAGCGGAGAAACCCGUAGAGGGGAAGUGUUGCCUGUCCCGGAGGGAAAAAAUUGGCUUCAAAUUGUUGAACAGGAAGGAGAAGCUGCAGGAAAAGCUUGACAAGAUCAGAAGCAUCGGCCAGGAGCACUCCUCCGAAGCCCCGCUGAAAAUCCAGCUUCUCUCCGGGGGCAAGGUUGUCCGCGAAUGGGGAGGAGAAGAAGCCCCAGAAGAAGUGAGGGAAGCGCUUGCACGCUCCAUCUUCCAUCUGGAUCGCGCUGAGCAGAAGGCAUACCGUAAGAAGGAAAAGGCCGAGAAGAAACACGCUCAAAAGCUUGAGAAGGUGUCGAAGAAACUUGAGAAGGUGGCGCUGGUUGAAGAAGCCAUCAUUGAGUCGAAAGCUGCAUCCGUCGAAGCUGGGCCGCUACCCGAAAAGCCCGCCUCGGUCGUCGUAUUCGCA